AGAUGCUGACAAAAGCAGGCCUUGCUGUGUUUUGAAAACUCUUGUUUGUUUGUUUCCUUUUACAGAAAAAAACCCUUUGUUGGAGGGAAGGUCUGACCCUCCGCAGGUUUUUGUAACAAGGGAGAAACGGGUAGCAGAGGGCAGGCAGCGGAGAUGGAAGGUGCAGGGCUGCUCGCAGCCGUGACUGCGGACGGGUAACUUGGCUUUCCUCGUCCCUUUGGUCGUGUUUGACUGAAAACAUGGGCAGCCGGGCAAUAGCAGUCCUGCUGAGCAGGUGGCCUGAGUCACUGUGGUUUGUUAUUUAUUUUAAAUAUUGAUAAGAUUGAAAGGGUUUACGUCCAUCUGGGCACUGAAACAGGAGGUCUGAGCGUGUCCCCAGCAGUGGCUGUGUUAUGACCGAAACAUCUUUAUUAAUCACCGAAGUGAGACGGUCAAAAUGCACGCUGCCGUGGUGCUUCGAGCGCUCGCGUAAGGAGCAGGACGAGCGUUUCUGCGAUGGGUAAUUGUCUCCCUGUCAGAAGACUGCUUUCUGCAAACACGCUGCACCAGCAGCACGGCGCUGGCAGGUUUGUCAGUCGGUCGCGUUGCAUAAUGCUGCUUCUGGAGCGGUGCCGGAAAGCAGGCCGGUUGCGUUUCGCUUUUGAGUGGCUAGAGCUGCAAACUCAAGGCCUGCCGGAACGUUUGGGAGUUUUGUUGGAUCCAAAGUUGUGUCCUGGAGCGUUCAAAUACUGAGAAAAAGUUGUAUUUGUCCUAUUUAGAUGACGGUGUUGUGUGUGAACACAUAGCUGUAAAAUCUGCUCUUCAGAAGACCUGCGCAUCCGCAGCUCUGGCUGGCUGCAGGGGAAGUGAGCUGCUCUGCUUCCAGAAGUAAGGCCGCUGCCAGCGCUGGUCCAAGCGAAUGUGCCCUAUGGAAUUGGAUCUCUCUCACUUUUUUAACACGUUAGUUGCAAGUAGACCCUUACUCUGGAAAGCACUGAGUAUGUGGGAAGAGCAGUUGGGCUGGCUGUAUUGGUUGCAGUGCCUUUUAUGUCUCUUUUUAUGUAAUAUCCUUUUCUCUAAUGCAAAUAAACUUAAAGUCGUAGGGAGGGGCUGCUGGGAAGCGAAAAACUUUCAUUACAGACAGCUGACGUGCAGAAUAACACCUUUUAUAUGUCACCUAUCACAUGAUAGUUGAAAGUAAACCGUAGUGCAUUGGGUAGGGUUAUUUCUGGUGCAAUUCUCCUUUCUGCAUAAGCAGUCCCAUCCCGGCACGUCUUGCCGUGCCCUGGGGUUUGAUGUGUUUGUCCUGUUACCGGGGUGAAGAACAGAAAUCCGAUGGAUUUAUGAAACAAAUACAGGUGAAGAUGGCAUAGACUUAGCCAAUUGUUGCUUUCACAUGCUUUGGAUUAUAACACUAAUUGUAGGUGAAAAUAACAUUAAGAUUAAAGUUACAGACUGAAACCGUUCCAAACAGCCUUUGUCAUGAAAUAUUCAUGCAUUUAGGGCUUUUAACUCAUCAGAUUACUUAUAAUAAUAUUGUAAUCAGUAUGACUUUCUGGCUUUGUGUUUUUUCAUGAAUACACUGCAUUGGCAUAUUGAUCACCAGAAUGCACUCAAAUUUAGAAUAAAGCUUUUUCAGGAACCUCAUUUAAAAUGAUCAAAGAGAUGUUUUAAUGCUCCAGGGCGUUUUCCUCAAUGGUGUGGAUUCUGAGAAAGCAUGUCUUUCCCUUUAUUCUGUAAUUUCAGUGCUCUGCAGCCUAUCUCUGCUAUGUGAAAUGUUUGCUCGAAACCCUCAUCAUGGGCACAGCAUUGAGCGCGAGGCAAUUUAGCACUAAGGCCGGUCUGAGCAGUGCAGCGGGGUGACUGAGCAUGCUGGUAGCAGGUGUCAGGGACCCGGUGUUGGAAAACCAAGGAAUCUCCAUGGAACUGUGAGGCCGAAACUUCCGUUUUUUUUUUUUUUUAUUGGCACUUCGGUGCCAAGUUCAUACGAACCGCAUCUGUACAGGCAGAAGUUUAUUGAAAUAAAUAUCUUUUAAAGUCAGCGGCUGUAGUGUCCCUGCAUUUGUAUGGCUGAUUUAGCAUUUUUGAGUUGCUCGAGGAAAAAACAGUGAAAUGGGGGGGUUUGACUUUGAUGAAAAGGUGUCCUAACCAAAACGGAAAGCGCAGGAAUUGCAGAUAACGGCAAUUUACAUUCAGAUUGAGUGCGGCAUGUUCUAAGGUCUCGAUCAGAGUACAGAACUGACUGUCUCCAGGCCAUAUGUUUAACACAUUUGCAUACUAAUAUGGGAGAGAUUUUUUUUCCUAUUGCCUUAUGUCUUAUCAUUUCAAAGACUAAAAAGAGAGUGACUUUUUUGUUCCUGUUUGAGUACUGAGGUGGAGGGGAGGAACUGGCUGAUGGCAGCGACGCUCAUCCUGCUCGCUGGUUAGCUGCCGUGGGUUGUCUCCUCCCCUGUGAGUUAAACAUAGCGUCUCUGCUUCUGGAGCAGGAGUCCAACUGCCCAUGACUUUUUUUUUUUCUUUUAAGACAGCUGUAUAAUAAUCUAUUUUGGUUGUAUUCAAGCAUGACCUAUAAAUACUGAAAUGGCUCAUAUAAAAAUGUUUAAAUCACUUGGAGCUAUUUCCUUUAUGGGUUUGUGUCACCUCUUUUCUUCCAUAUAGGACAUUCCAGGAGGAAUUGUCAAAGCUGUUUUGCUCUUUUAAGCCUUGCAGAUUCGGAAGGAUUAAAAAACUUAAGAGUGCAGAGCCAUAGUAGUCCCGGUACAGAUCUGCCUGCAGUUUAGCUCUGGGCCUUUCUGGCCAAAAAAGUUCUCGCUGAUGCCCUUCAGGUGCCAGCCCUGACCUGUUAAUAAAAUUUUGAAUCUUCCUUCGGUUAAAAUCCUCAUGUAGUAGAGAAUUUCACUUUUGUUGUAAAAGAAAAUUUCUGUUCCCCUCUGUCCCCAGGUUCCAGGAAGCAGCAUUACAGGACUGAGUUAAAUGCUAAAGGAUUAGGUAGCACAUUAAAUAACUUCAUUUUAGUACAAAAAGUAAAGAAACCUUAGUGGUGUGUGGGUUGGUUUGUUUGUAUUUCAAUUAAUUCUGUACAUCAACUUGCUGCUGUUCAGGUUCCCAUUGAGCCUGAAAAUUUGCCCUCAGAGCAUCUCAAGAGGUACACUUCUCCUUGGUGGUGUUCAAAUGCAUCCAUCGUUAACUCCGCUUAGGUACUCGUUACAAGGGUGCUCAUCGCUGAAGGUGUGUAUGAACUGACAAGCAGCGCAGCACUGACAAGUGGUGAGUGGGCCCUUUCAUCCAGAAGUACCCGUGGAAAAACAGAUGUUCCAGGGGCUGCAGUUGUGCGGGAAAGGUGCACUGGUUGCUCGUGGCUGACCUACAAUAAAGUAUUUUUAGGCAGUGAAAAUCUCUAGGCUGCAUAUGCAAACCUGACCUUUAGAUCAGUCUGCGAGUUCGGUGUGCACGCACACGCUGAUUUCUUGAAGCUUUGCUAGUAAGGUUUGAAGGCGGAAAUGUUUUCGGGACCUGUAAGUUAGCCCGCUGUGCUGAACGGCUGGGCAGUGCCCGCGCUAACCUGCGACGUGCUCCUAAGGGCGUAGUAUCAGGCUUCCAGUUUACCAGCAGAGGGUAGAAAUAUGUUUUCAAGAGUUUAAACCACUGCAGCUUCUUCCAGAAGUUUAAAAGAAGCUGGGGGGGCAGGAGCUGUGCUGCGCUCUCCAUCUGACCUCGGUCCUGGAGUGCGAUCUGGUGAGCUCCGGGCACGUUCCUGGUGCAGGGCAGCUUCUGGUAGCGAGCACAGCAGCAGGGCUGCCAUGGCCACAGCCCCUGGGGUGCCACCACCCACCUGAAGCCUCCUGGGAUGAAAGGACAGGGAGGGGACAAGCAGGUGGGACCCCGUAGGUUGCAGGGCUGGGUGCUGCCGUCACAGCACUCUGGUCGCUGCUGUGCCGCCUUCGUGCCGCUUCCCCUGGCUCUGUGUUUGUUCCUCCCGUGCAGGUCUGGCGCUGCCUCUGUGUCCCAGCACCUUGCAGCGUCUGUGCAGGAUGGGGGGAGCUGCUGCAUAAAACCGAGUGGGUGGUGGCAGUCCAGGCUGCUGGAUCUGCUCGCUGCUGCUGCGCUGCAAGCGAGUUCCCUGAGCUGAGUAAGCUUUAGCUGCCCCGGCUGCAUCCUCGUCUGUUGGUGCAGCCUUGAUGUAUUUUCCCCGUUCUCAUCAAUUCCAAGUACUUUCUACAGUGCAGGACUUCUAAGAAUGCUCAGAAGGAAUGUUAAAAUAUUCCUUCAUAAGUUACAUAUCAGUUUCAAGUUUAAUCUCAAAAAGCAUUUACAAAAUCAUAGCGUGGCCUUGCAAGCAGGCGUUGGUUAAAGAAAGGAAGCGAGCAUUCGGUCUGUUGCUUGUGCUGGGCACAGACACGUGUCCCACGGCGACGCUGCUCGGAGAAGGAUGUUCACCAAACAAGGCGCUCUGAAGUGCUUUGAGUGGUUUUCUUUGCUGGGGAAGAAAGUGUUUUCUUCGAUAAAGAAAACUUUUAAAUUCUUCUGAAUGUGAAACAAAUUUAUUGGGUUUAUUUAACAAAAACGGAGGUUAACAAAAAAUAAAAUAAAAUCAACCCCCAAACUCUAACUCUAGAUAGUUGUUUGUAUGAAAGAUACUCCCUUGGGCGUGCUGCCAUUUUUUGAACAGAAAAAAGACAGGGAUUUAGCGGUGUCUGGUCAUUAUUACUGCUGAAAUAAAAUAAUUACUUAAAGUGCAGGCUAAAAUUGCAGUGACAAUCUACCUACCUCAUGUCACUUAUUUACCCUAAUUAUAUAAACCAGGAAGAACAUAGUUAAGAAUGUUGCCGAGCUACUAUCAGCACAACAAAUUAUUCUUACCAAGUAUAAUAUAGUUCAUGUUUUGCUAUGAUUGAGCCUCCUACAUUCUGUCUGGAAUUUAAUCCUUAUUAAAAAAGGUCAGAACAUUUUUUCCAAGGGGGAGGGAAGGAAAAUCAGUGGCAAGUGGUGGACGUGGUAGACAACAGAUGGGAGGAAGUCCCAUAAACGGAUUCUGUACCUAAUGUGUAUGCCCUUUAAUGUUUGCACGUUUUGCUGAUGGGGAAGAGGGAAAGGAAGGACUUUUCUUCCGGAAGAGAGCUGCUGUCCAGGGCUGCCGUGUGUUGUGGCGGUGCCUUCUGCCAAGCUCGCUGGAGCAGCUGGGAGGAAUGGCCGAGUGCAGCCGCGCUGUGCUGCAGGACCUCUGCCCCCGUACCCGCCUGGCUGGGCCUGAUCCGGGCCCCAGUGCCUGGUGGCACAGCGCUUCCGAGUGCUUUAUAUGUAUUUAAUUGAGGAAAGUCAGUUUAUCCCCUGAAUUUGCCCGGUGUGCGUGGAUGUCCUCCGUCCUGUUGCAGCUCAGUGCUCGUUGGUGUGAACUUGGCGGCAGCGCUGCAGCCCCUCCGGGGGGAGGCUGCCAACUGCCGUGGGUGACGUGGUGGCUUGUUCUAAUUCAGGGCUGCUGUGUGUGUUGGUCUUUGAGUUUUGCUUCUGGCUUCCCUUUCACUGCCUUUGUCUGCUUGGCGCAUGUCCCUAGCAACUUUCUGCAAAUGCAGACCAAUAGGACAAAAACUAAAUUAGCCGUUUGAGCACGGCAGGCUUUAGCUGCCCAAAGUACUUGUUCCUUGCCUGAAGUGCUUCUAUGGCAAAGCAGUUUAAAGUGAGUAGGUAGGCAGUUGCUUCCAUGGAAGUAAACAUUUCGAUAUUUAAAACUGCAAGUUCAGCUUGAAGCUGCUUGCAGAAAAGGUUACAGAUUGAGGAAGAUUAUUCUCAAGAUGUUUGUGCACAAAAUCACUUUUUCACACCGCAACUCGAUUGCUGUUUUCAAAGAAGGUUGUCUCUCUGACCUGGUUGUGUGUGCUGCAGUUAAUUUGUUCAGAGCUCCGCUUCAGCAAAGCACUGAAGUCGAAAAGGAUUGCUCUGCUGCUAGAGGACUUUACUCUCAGCUGAGGCUUUUAUGGCUUUGGCCCUGAAUCAGUAAUCUUCACAGCACGCCGCAGAAGAUGUGAAAUUAUGCAGAAACUGGCGAUUUGGACGUGGUUCAGGAGGAGCAGACGGUCGGGACUUUAGAUUUUAAGAAUGGAUGUGUGCAGGAUCGGAAGGUCGGUCUCCUACCUUCUCCAGUUAAAUACUUCAAGUAAUAUCUUGGAGCAGUGUAGUUUUCUCUUGCGUUCUUCAAAUACCUGUUUGUUCGUUUAGCUUGUUAGCUGAAUUCUUGGCACGUGCUUCUGUCCAUGAGCUGUUGGUUGUUGGUUUUUUUUGUUUUGUUUUACUGUCAAACCCAAAACAAAGUAUGUCUUUUUAGCGUUAAAUUACUGAAUCGUGAGUGCCUCUCACUUGGGCAAGGCAUGUAAUUAAGGUGUUGCUGCCUUCUCUGGUGUAAAUUUAUGAAUUCUUGGUGAAAGCUCUCUUUCAGAAAUAUCAUAAUAUUGAAACAUUUUUCCACUUUUCACUAUUAACAGUGAAUUCAGUUUAUACUUUAUUAUAUAAUGGUUCAGCAUAAGGUUCAAUUCCCAAUCCUUACUGUAGGGAAUCGCAUCUCGUUUAUGGCUUUUUCAGUUCCUGGGUGUGCUCGUACUUCCACGGAGGAGUACGUGGGUCCGAGUGUCCAGAAUGCCCUGUUCUCUAGUGGUGAAGUUACCAAAGUAUAAACAGUUUAAUUUGGCAGUGUAAGCUCCUGCCUGGAACUGAAAUGUGUUCCUUGUUUUUAACAGAAAUAACCUAGGCUUUCGCUUGAGUUAAAUUUGGGAGAACAAAAGCUUAUAAAGCUAAAGGGGCUGAAUGCAUGCAGCCAUCGUACAGUGGCUCGUCUUACAGCACGGUGACAUGUACAGCUAGCUGCAUGCUUGUUACGUUGAUUUAUAUUUGAUUUGAUGCUGAAAGCAGUCAGUGGAAAUGGUAAUAAUUUACUGUUAAAUUCGUAAAACCGAGAAUGGGAUUUUUGUCGUAAUAUAUAAGAUAAUCCUCCUGUUGGGUUAUUUAGUGGUAAUAUAUAUGUUUACAUGGGUGUUGGAUGCUGCAAUAACGAGCAAUAAAGACUAGUCAGACUCUGAAGAUUGUGUGAAUGGAAGUUUGUCAAACUGUGCAUGAAAAUCACAUUGAAGCCCUGCUUUCUGCUUGGUCUUGUCUUUUUUUCCCCUCUCAUUUUUCUGAUGUUGACAGUGUCAGGGCAGGCAGGGGAGGUUUUCAGUGCACCUUAAAGGCAGGGAGAUUGACUGCCUUGGUGCAGUGACUUGGCAAGUGCGUCCAUGGCAGCAAUUUCUGAUGUUGUAAGUAAAUUCUGUGCUAAGGAGCAGGGUAAGUCCAUGGUACUGUUUUUUUGGGAGAGCCCUCUGCUAAUUAAUGGUGUGAUUUGCAGGCACCCUUUCAUUUGUGAUCCCUCAUCCCAUCGCGUUUCCGUAGCUUACGUGCCACCAUUGCAUAAUUGUUGACAGCUUUGAUUGAUAUUAGGGAAGUAUUUAAUGUACUUUUGACUUGAUUGAGUAAUUUAAUAUCCAAGAACACGGUGUGUAACAGAUUCCUGCUGGAAGCAGGUGGCGAAUGGAGCCGUCAGGCGGCUUGGAGCUGCCCUGACUCUGGUGCCGCAGCCGUGGCCACUGCCUCCUGCGCCUGGGUGGUGGCAGCACAGAGGGGAUCUGCUGGAUUUGGUGUCGCUUUGAAUCUUCCCUUUGUGAUGGGUUUGAGUUUGUUUCGCAAACAUGGCUGUGAUUAAAGAAGGGAUUUUGGAGUAUUGAGUAAUGUUUAGGAGACACUAAAAAAAAAAUACUAAAAAACCUCAGCUUUUCAUGGCCUAGUUUGUAGUAAUUUAAAAAGCUGGCAUGAAGAACACUUACAAGUUCAAAGUUAAACAGGUUUGUUUAUAGUAGCUGUGAUUCAGUGCUGAGCUGCCAGGGUAAAAAUAACCAUGCAUGGCUGCAGCACCGGGAACUUGCCCUGCUGUGGCACGGUGGUGGCAGCUGGGCUGCGGGGCGAUGACGAUCCCGCAGCCAUCAGUGUGCUUCCAUCCCGAGCCCGUAACCUGCUGACAGCACGCUUCCCCUUGAGGACAUCAGACACCUUGGUUUCCGAGUGUGCAGGCCGGAUCGCUGGCAGGACGGAGUCCCUUGCAGGGAGCCUGGAAAAAACUUCAGUAGUGCUGUUAACACUGAUGAGAGAUCUUUUAUGCCAAGAUCGUCGGUGUCUGAACAGACCACACCAUGCGUGAGUACAAGCUAGUGGUCCUUGGUUCAGGAGGUGUGGGGAAGUCUGCCUUGACUGUACAGUUCGUUCAGGGAAUUUUUGUUGAAAAAUAUGACCCAACAAUAGAAGAUUCAUACAGAAAGCAAGUGGAAGUAGACUGUCAACAGUGUAUGCUUGAAAUCCUCGAUACAGCAGGGACAGAGCAAUUUACAGCAAUGAGGGAUCUCUAUAUGAAGAAUGGUCAAGGGUUUGCACUAGUAUAUUCAAUAACAGCACAGUCCACGUUUAACGACUUACAGGACCUGCGGGAACAGAUUUUACGGGUUAAGGACACUGAAGAUGUUCCAAUGAUUCUGGUUGGCAAUAAAUGUGACCUGGAGGAAGAACGUGUUGUCGGCAAAGAACAGGGUCAAAACUUAGCGAGACAGUGGUGUAACUGUGCCUUUCUAGAAUCGUCUGCAAAGUCUAAAAUCAAUGUUAAUGAGAUCUUUUAUGACCUGGUCAGACAGAUAAAUAGAAAAACACCAGUGGAAAAGAAGAAGCCUAAAAAGAAAUCAUGUCUGCUGCUUUAGACUCCCAUCGUGCAGCAGCUCUGAGCCAGAUUGCAGGAAUGAAGAACUGUUGCCUAAAUGGAAAGUGCCAGCAUUCCCGACGUCAAAACCUUAUGGAAAUUAGCAACAUAUCUGAAGACGCUUCUCCUGUUUUUAUAUACCAUGAGAAGAAUUUAGAUCUUAAAAUGGUUUGCACACAGUCCCUGGAAAAACAAAUUGCUCUGUGUAUAUCUCUUGGAAAUUUAAGACAAUAGUAUUUCUCCUUUGCAAUAGCAGUUAACAGAUGUGAAAAUAAAUAUAAUUGACUCUAGUGUAUGAUUAUACAAAGGAGCAUGGAUGCAUUUCAAAUGUUAGAUAUUGCUACUAUAAUUAAAAUUUCAUAUUGACCCUUUUACCAUAAUUUCUCCCCAUCAAGCACUAAAAAUGUUCCACCAUUAUAUAUUAUAUCUAUAACUAUAGAUAUAUAUUACCUAAAAUUUCCCUUUGAACUCACAGCAACAAAUAACUUUUUGAGUCAUUGACUUCAUUUUAUAUUUAAAGGUUACAGAAUAUCAUUAUUUUCAUUCUGCCAUUAUAUUCUAAUUAAAAAUGUUUGUGCAUAAUGCUUUGGAAAAAUGGGUCUUUUAUAGGAAAAAACUGGGAUAACUGAUUUCUAUGGCUUUAAAAGCAAAAAUAUAUAAUAUACUAAACCAACUCUAAUAUUGCUUCUUGUGUUUUACUGUCACAGAUUAAAUUACAGCUUUUAUGAAUGAUUAAAUUUUAGUACAUUUUCA